UGUGUCAACUGAAAUUUACAGCCACUUAUUAAAAGGACAAAAAUUUAAUUUUGCUAUUAGGACUAAAAAAAAAAGAGAUAAAACAAAAAAUACUCAAAAUGGAUUUCCAAUUCAAUUUGCCUAUGGCCAGCAGUGAUUUGCUCAACUCCAGUGGUGACAAUUACUAUGUGAAGCAAUUGUACAGUUCGGGAGAAAUACCCGAUAAACUUCGAGCUUGCAAACAAAUGCUCCAUCAAGGAGACCCUUUCUAUAUAUUCGACCAUUUCGAUACAUUCUAUGCUGUGGUUGAAUGCAAAAACACCGAUUCCUCGGCCAUGACAAAUUUGAUGCGAAGCUUUGAUUUGCUUUACUUGACCGUUGACAAACUGGGCAAUUUGCUGGCUCCUUUCCUGGCACGCAGUGAGGCGCCCACAAGUCAGGAACGCAACUCACAUUUAAACUUGACCAAGAUGUGCAUGUUUCUACAUGUGAAUGUUGUACGCAAGAUUGACUCUAAUAUACAUCGUCUGCAACAGGAGCAGCAGACCAAUCAGCAAAAGAAGAGAGGCAAGAAUGCCGAUACAGUUGAACAAUAUCCUGAUUGGGAACAUAAACGUGGCAAGUUUUUAGUACAAUUGUACAAUAUACUGCAGUUUCCGUUGGAGAAGCUUUGGAGCCCUCCCAUGGCGGAAGAGAAUUUCGUAAAUUUAAUUUGUGACAUUUGCUAUCGUACAUUGGAAAUGUUACAUGUGCGUCCCGACAACCGCCACAUUGUCGAGACGAUUUUUCAAAUUUUCGGCACUGCCAUUAAACGUUAUCAACAUGCUAUGAAUUUUCCAGUGCGAAUUCUACAAAUUCUGCGCACCACCGAACAUGCGGGUGUCUCUGUGGCCAAUGGCAUCAAUACUUUGUAUGAGGAUUACAACAUCACCAGUGUCUUUUCGGUGCUGAUAAAAGAGAUAGUCGAAAGUUUGACCUUGGAUUCGGCCGAUUCAAAUGUGUCGCGUAACUUUUCCAAUUUUCUUAUGCAUUCGGCCUCGGUGGCUCCCAAGUUGAUGAUACCGCAUUUGUCAACUUUGUGCGACGAGUUGCUUAACUGCGAAUCGUAUUUGCUAAGAAACUGUAUUUUACAAAUAAUGGGUGAUGCCAUUGUGGGCGAGUUGACUUCAGAAGAACUUUCCGAAGAUUUGAAAGAAGCGCGCAAUGAGUUCUUGGAAAAUCUAUUGAUGCACAUUAAUGACGUUUCGGCUCAUGUGCGUUCCAAGGUUUUACAAAUUUGGCAUCACAUGAAGGAAGAACAAGCGGUGCCGCUUUCCUUUCAAUUGAAAGUCUUGUCAGAAGCAGUAGAACGCUUGGAGGACAGAACCUCAUCGGUGCGAAAGCAUGCUGUACAGUUGAUUAAGGCCUUUCUGGAACGUAACCCAUUUUCUGCUAAGCUAACUUUGGACGAAUUGCAAAAAAAGCAUGAUGAAGAAGUGGAAAAAAUGGAGAAGCUUACCGAAUUGUUGGCUGAGGAGCGCAAGAAAGCCGAGGAAAUAGAGGACAAAUGGAAUUUGGUCAUACCGGACAUUUUUCCAUUUGUCGAGGAAAGUCUCAAAGAAAACAAAGAACCCACCGAAACUCAAGAGAACUAUGAGGAUCUAGUGCAGCGUAUUUCGACCAUGUUGCUGGAAAAGAACUACAAGGAAGCGGUGGUAUUGGUGCGUAAGGCUGAUCAUGUGGCGGGCAAUUCGGAAAUAAGAUUGUCGCUGCGCCAUGAGGAGCAAUGUGCCUACUACAUGGCUCUAUUAAAGUCAUAUAUAUUUUUGGCCAAUGGCUGCAAAGAUAGUAAUGAGGAGUUGGGCACUCAGAUUAAGACGGUGCAAUUCUUGCAAGACUCCAUAGAAUUUUCACGAGCUGUUUCAAGAGCCAUGCCCAAACUAUUGGAGAUGUUACUUUCAAAGACAAAUAGCGAUGUCUAUGAAGCAGUGGAUCUCUUUACCACUGGCUAUAUGUUUGGCAUUAAAGGCACCGAAAUUGGCAUGCGUCAAAUGUUAUAUUUGGUGUGGUCUUCGGAUAAGGAGAAACGUGAUGCCGUAUCGGAUGCAUACAAGAAAGUUUUAUUUACAACAGAUCAAACGGGAAGAGCCCAUGCUUUGCGUGUCGUACAAAAUCUCUCUAAAUUUUUGGAGGGCAUAGAAUAUGGUCAUUUUACCGCCAUGGAAUGCUUAGUGCGUGAAUGGGUCUCCAACGAGGACAUUGAUGGCCAUAUCAUACAAGUCUUGUUUGAGCGUUUCACUUUGAAACUAGAAGGCACAACUGACAAUGAAUCACGCUUGGCCUUGCAAUUGCUCAUUAUGUGUUCCUAUGCCAAGUCCUCAAUUGCUUCAGCCAAUAUUACCAUAAUCGAAGGCAUAGGUUUGGGAGAACGUGCCAAAAAGGAUCCACGCAUUUAUGCAAGCUGUUUGGAAUUUUGGCUUAAUUCCAUUGAUCAAUCUCUCAAUUCGAAAUUCUAUAAACGUUAUGAGGUCGAUUCACCACCAGUACAAAAAGUUACCGAUAUGUUUCUAAAAUUCUUUUUUCAUCCUCGCAUAACGGAUUUUGACAAGAUCACCAUGAAAACGCUGCAAUUCUUUUAUCAAAUGUGUCAGACCCCCGAUGUUAUAUCGCAAAAUAUUAUAAAAGGUCUGUUGAAAAAGUUCAAAGCCUUUUCCAUGAAAUUGUGUGAGAUAACAGCAUCACAACAAGCGCAGGCAAAUGAAACUCCAUUUUCACAACAGAUACCCAGCACACAAAUGACACAGCCACACAGCCAAAAUGUACUGGGUGGUGGAGGUGCUUUGAAACAAAUGAAAAUGCCAGUAUUUCUGCUGACACGUUUCAUCUUUAUGAUUGGCUAUAUGACCCUGAAGGAAAUGAUCUUUUUGGAUAUUGAUGUGUAUAAUAAUAUGAAAUUUCGCCAAGAAUUGGCUGAUUGCGAGGAAAAAAAGAAGAAAUCAGCCUUAAACACCUUCAAUACGAAUCGCCGGAAGACAGUAAAUUUGAAUAUGUCAGCAACGGAAUCACUCAAACGUUUGUCGGGUGCAGCAGCGGAACCACAACAAGAGCCUGAUGAGGAUCUUGUGGGUGCCACAGCCGAGGAUAAUAUUGCCGAGCUCAUAAAUCAUAUCUGCGAAGAACUUCUUUUGUAUGCCCCAAAUGCUUUGCUGGUCAAAAUUUUCCCCUACGUCAUGGAAAUAUGUAAAUAUCCAGUCAAAUAUCGGGAUGCAUCAUUGCAGCAGGCUGCUACUUUGGCUCUCAUACGUUUCAUGAGCGUGUCAUCGCGUUUCUGUGAGGCUCACAUGCCCUUCCUUAUGAAUAUACUGCAGCAUUCGAAGAACAUCAAAAUUAAGUGCAACAUUGUGAUUGGACUCUCGGAUUUGACUUUUCGCUUUCCCAACAUCAUUGAACCCUGGACGGGUCAUUUUUAUUCCACUUUGUAUGAGGACGAUACUGAGCUGAGACUGACAGCUGUGAAAAUGUUGUCACAUUUGAUAUUGCACGAGAUGAUACGUGUGAAAGGACAAAUUGCCGACUUGGCCAUGUGCAUAGUCGACAAUAAUGCUGAGAUUAAGAAUAUCACACAACAGUUCUUUAAGGAAAUAGCCAAUAAAUCCAAUAUUCUAUACAAUGUACUGCCAGACAUUAUCUCCAAGCUAAGUGAUACUACACUGAACUUGGAGGAGGAGAAAUAUCGCAUCAUUAUGCGUUACAUAUUGAAUCUCAUACAGAAGGAUCGCCAAGUGGAGACCUUGGUGGAGAAAUUGUGUCUGCGUUUCCCGGUGACGCGUGAGGAAAGACAAUGGCGGGACAUAGCCUAUUGUCUAAGUCUUUUAUCCUACAAUGAGAAGACCAUUAAGAAACUGAUCGAUAAUCUGCAAUACUACAAGGACAAGGUACAAAUAGAUGAGGUGCAUCAAUCCUUCAAGCUGAUCAUAAGCAAUACCUCAAAAUUGGCAAAGCCCGAAUUAAAGACUCUGGUAACGGAACUGGAAACUCGUAUAAACGAAUGCCUACAGGUUAGGCAACCGGGUGAGGAAAAUGAGAACCAGGAAAAUGACAAAGAGAAUGCCCCAGAAACCGGCUCCAGCGCCAGCAAUAGCCAACAGGUUAAAGGCAAGGGCAAAGCUACGGGUAAAAAUAAAAACAAAGCACCUCCUCCAAGAGCGAAUACAACACGUAGGAAUCGUACGAGAAAAGAACCAUCGUCAGAAGAAUCAUCAUCAUCUUCAUCUGAGGAUGAGGCUCCCAAAAAAUCUACCGCCAAGGGUAAGUCUGCAGGACGAAAACAAAAGCCGCCAUCCUCUUCAGAAGACAAUUCGAGUGAUUCCGAUAAACAACCUGCCCCCAGCACAUCGAAGAAGGGAAGGAUAGCCGCACAGCCCACACCGCGUCGUGCCAGUGCGAAGGCAACGCCGCGUCGCGGUGUUGCCUCACGCAGUCGAGUCAUACAAGAAACCGCCAGCUCUGACGAAGAUGUGCCACAGCGCAAAAGAGGGAGAAAAAGUAAAUAAGUACAAUCACGAUCCCCCAGUACAAUUAGGUUAUUUAUGUCAUUGUAUUGUUGUUUUCAAUAUUUUUUGCAAUUUCUACAAAGGCAAGCACAUACAUGCAUAUUUUUUACAAAAUAAACUGACAACUUAUUAUGAUUAUUGAAA